CCAAGUGCGACUACUCGGUGGGGAAAUGGGUGAAGGCGGUGAAUCAGCCGAAGCGGUACUCGGGAAUAGGUUGGGAGCCCAACUACUGCAAGUACAUCCGCAGCGGCUUCAAUUGCGAAACCAACAACCGCCCCGACCAGCUUUACCACCAGCUGCGCUGGCAGCCGGAGAAGUGCGAUCUGAGUUAUGUUACCGCGGAGGAUUGGGGUUUCCUCAUGAAGGGCAAGAGGAUGCUUAUGGUGGGAGACUCCAUAACGAACAACGCGUAUCAGUCCCUGCUCUGCCUCAUCAGCUCCGCCGACAACAAGGGAAAG